AAGAAGAAGAACAAGAACACCACAGAACCCCAGCUGAAAGGGAUCGUGACCAGAUUAUUCAGCCAGCAGGAAUUCUUCCUACAGAUGCACCCGGACGGGACCAUUGACGGGACCAAGGACGAAAACAGCGACUACACCCUCUUCAACCUCAUUCCAGUGGGCCUACGUGUGGUGGCCAUCCAAGGGGUGAAGGCCGGCCUCUACGUGGCCAUGAACGGCGAGGGGUACCUCUACAGCUCUGACAUCUUUACACCCGAGUGCAAAUUCAAGGAGUCCGUCUUCGAAAACUACUACGUGAUCUAUUCCUCCACGCUGUACCGGCAGCAGGAAUCGGGGAGAGCCUGGUUCUUGGGACUCAAUAAAGAAGGACAGAUUAUGAAGGGCAACCGGGUGAAAAAGACCAAGCCUUCCUCACAUUUUGUACCCAAACCCAUAGAAGUGUGCAUGUACAGAGAGCCUUCCCUGCAUGAGAUCGGAGAGAAGCAAGGACGUUCUCGGAAGAGUUCGGGGACGCCCACCAUGAACGGAGGCAAAGUGGUCAACCAGGACUCCACAUAG